AUGUCGCCCACCGCUAACGGUCUGGAAUCUCACAUACUACAGUAUGAUAUUCUACGCUACCACUUUCACUCUCCUCUCAUCGUGCUUCCCCUCCACUGCCUCCCCAGUCCCAGUCCCAGUCCCAGUCCCCACCGACGGCGCGUGUACCAUCCGCAGAUCCGCUCCCCUGCCUCCAGUAGCCGGCGAGAGGACCUCUGCCUCCCCACAGAUGGCGCGAGGAACGCCGCCAUCCCAACCUCCCCGCCGCCGCAAGUUCUAGCUCAUCCGCCUCCGCCGCUGCUGCCAUUUCCUCGCGCCGACGGAGGCCAAGGGGCGGACCUCGUGUCUACCGGAUUCUCGGCCCUGGCCACCGUACGGCUGUUGGAGAGCUCUACAGUGCGCUAUUCUCCUCCCGUGAGAGCAAGCGUCGAGGUAGGAAGUCCUGCUCCGGCGGGUUGGCCGUGCCCCGAGUCUCCCGGAGUGGCCGGCGCACCUUCCCAGCUCAACCUCCGUGACCGAAAUUUCUGCCGGAGAAGCCUGCUGCCAGGCAGAUCGCCCGCAUCCUACCGUUUCCGCGCUUCUCCAAUGCCCCCGCAUCUCCACAAGCAAGUACUCACAAAGUUUAUGGAAGAAGCUGGGUAGACAAGGGAUUGCGCCAUAUCAAUGGACGAUUUUAUGGCGGUACACGACUAAUCCUUGCUUACCGUUCUUAUCAUAGAUACAGUUCUCGAGUAAAAUGCAAAUAGCUUAUGUAGUGAUACUAUUGAACAGUGCGUCUACUACUCAUUUAUAAAUUAUGCUUACAGAUCUAUAUUCGGUAGGAUCCACUAUAAUUAGCAUUUCUGAACUAUAUAGUGACCUCUGUUCUGUACUGCUGGACAUGUUAUGUAUUGCCCUCAAAUGCAACGCCUAUAUGGAUGUAUACAGUGUGGAGUUUGUAUAUUUGCCCGUGUCAUCUCAAAUGCAAUGCCUGUAUGUAUAUAUAUUAGCAUUUGAUGGUUUACAUCU